AUGGCCGAUUUCAAAUUAUCAGCCACUCUACGCGGCCACGAGGACGAUGUCCGCAGCGUGGCGUUUCCGUCCCCCUCGUCCAUCGUCUCUGCGUCGCGAGACUUUACCGUACGCGCGUGGGCACUGCAGUCGACCAGCCCGCCAGCAUGGGAAAGCACCAUCAAGACACACGGCAAGGAGUUUGUCAACUCGCUCGCCAUCGUCCCGCCCUCGUCGGCCUUUCCUGAGGGCCUUGUCGUCUCCGGCGGCAAGGACCAAAUCAUCGACGUACGCUCGCCCAGCAAGAACCUCGAUGCCGACGCCGACGCGCUCCUCAUAGGACAUGGCAACAAUGUCUGUGCCCUCGACGUUAGCCAGGAUGGGAGGUACAUUGUCAGUGGCAGCUGGGACAUGGAAGCGCGACUGUGGGAAGUUGGCAAGUGGGGCGAAUCGACCGUGUUGCAGGGUCAUACUGCGUCGGUAUGGGCCGUCCUUGCCUUUGACGCCAGCACCAUCAUCACCGGCUGUGCGGACAAGCAGAUCCGCGUCUACGAUAUUGCAGGCUCGCCGUCGCCAGUGCGCUCCAUUCAGGCGCCAGAGGUCGUCCGCGCUCUGUGCCGAUUGCCAGACAACCACCCUUCGGGCGCCCAAUUUGCCUCGGCAGGCAACGACGCUGUGAUACGAUUGUGGACACUCACUGGAAAGCAGGUGGCGGAGCUACAUGGCCACGAAAACUUCAUCUAUUCACUCGCCGUCCUGCCCAACGGCGGCAUCGUGAGUGCCGGCGAAGAUCGGACCGUGCGCAUAUGGGAAAACAACCAAUGUAUACAGACCAUUACCCACCCGGCCAUCUCAGUAUGGACCGUGGCUGUGUGCAAAGAGAAUGGCGACAUUGUCACUGGUGCGAGCGAUAAGCUUGCGCGCGUCUUCACCCGCGACCCCACCCGACACGCUACCGAGGCGGAGAUCCAGCAAUUCAACGACGACGUCAAGGGAUCGGCAAUUCCGCAACAGACAGUGGGUAACAUCAACAAGGAGCAGCUGCCAGGGCCCGAGUUCCUCACACAGCGAUCAGGCACAAAGGAAGGUCAAGUCCAGAUGAUCAGGGAGAUGAACGGCAAUGUCUCGGCAUACCAGUGGUCGGCAGCAGCGAACCAGUGGGUAAAUGUCGGCACAGUGGUCGAUUCGGCUGGAAGCGGGGGCCGCAAGAUCUCGCAUGCCGGCAAAGAGUACGACUAUGUCUUCGACGUUGACAUUGAAGACGGCAAGCCGCCGCUGAAGCUACCCUACAACCUGAACCAGAACCACUAUGAAGCCGCGCGCAAGUUCAUUGAAGACAACGAGCUGCCACUCACGUACCUAGACCAGGUCGCAAACUUCAUUAUUCAGAACACACGGGGCGCAACCCUAGGCCAAAGUGAGGCGCCAGGGGCCGAUCCAUGGGGCUCGGACGCGCGGUACCGCCCGGGAGACGCUAACCAGGUAUCAUCGGAACCACGGCCUACGCCACCGGCACCUAAAAUACUGCCACAAAAGGAGUACCUCCCUAUCACAGCUGGAAACCACAAGAUUAUCUUCAAGAAGCUCACAGAGUUCAACCAAGCACUAGUUGACGAUGGCCAAAAAGGCAUCUCACUGAACCCUUCAGAUAUUGAGCAAUUGAGUGUCACUGUCAGUGCAUUGGAAAAGGGCAAUGGCAAGGGCAUUGACAUCACCGGCGUCGAGCUUCUGGUCAAAGCAGCAACGCAAUGGCCAGCCGAGAAGCGUUUACCAGCGCUUGAUCUGCUGCGGCUGGUGCUCGCUUUUGAAGAUCCGGCUGCGUUCCUCGUGUCCCCUGAGCAGAACUUGUUGCCAAACCUUAUCGAAUCAGGGGUCUUUACUGGGUCGUCUCCGCCAAACAACACCAUGAUGGCGAUAAGGUGUCUCAGCAAUCUGCUCCAGACGGAAAAGGGGAGGCUUCUCGCCAGCACAGAGUUUGACAAUAUUCACCCCUUGGUAUCACCAUUUCUUUCGUCGGCCAACCGCAACCUGAUCAUUGCGCUCACCACGCUGUACAUCAACUAUUCGGUUCUUCUCAAUUCAGAGAACAAUGCGGACCGUGCGCUGUCGCUCCUUGACGACCUAUCAAAGAUUCUUACUACCGCCACGGAUUCCGAAGCCGUGUACCGCGCGCUUGUGGCUACCGGCACAUUGCUGUGUCUAGGGUCCGACUUUUGCGAAGCUGGACGAGAUAUCCUACAGAUAGGUGACGCCAUCACCCGAGCUGAGCAGAAGGUGAAGGAGCCUCGCAUCCGGAAUGUCGUCGCUGAGAUUCGCCAGCGGCUGCAGGGAUAGAAGCCAAGUGUGGCUAUUGGCUACAAACAUUCCUGCUUUGCAUGCAAGUGGACAUUGUACAGUACAGGAUAGCAGACGAGCAUUGCAUUACAUUACGCCAGGUGCUUUUCUUGGACCACACAUAGAUGUAAGGACGUGCGUCGGCAUGACGCGACACCACAUGGGCACAGCACAUGCAACGGGCAGCAACACCAAUGUACAGUUUACAUAUGCAGCAGCCUGCAGCCUAAAC